AUGCCAGACUCUCCAACUGACCUCCCAACACGUUUGGGGUUUUUUGGCCUUAGAACUGCCAAGAAGGAUGCCCACAGGAGCAGGCAGGAGAAGGUGAAGGAGAAGCGCCCCCCUCGGCGGCGGCCGCUGAUGAGCAAGCCCGUGGACGACGUGUACCUGACGUGGCUCUACAAGAGACCCUGCUACCAGCUGGAGCAGGCUGUGGGCAUGCUCAAGAGCUUCCAGGAGCUGGACUUCACCCACCCCAAGCAGUUUGUGUACAUCAACGUGUUCCUGGAUAUGGCACUGCAGAAGAAGAAAAAAGUGGAUCCCUUUUCCGGCGCUGUCACUCUUCCCCAUCGCUUUACAGAUGAAGUGAACAAGGUUUUGGUGUUCACAGAGAAUGAGCAAGAAGCUGAAGUAGCUCGAGAGCACGGAGCUGCCAUCGUGGGAGGAGUUGAAUUAAUCAAAUGGAUCUUGGAGGAUGAAAUCCAGGCUGAUUUCUACGUGGCUGUCCCUGCCAUCAUGCCCAAGUUAAUUCCCCUGAGGAACAAACUGAGAAAGAAGUACCCUGCCACCAGGAGAAAUUCCCUGGGCAGUGACAUUCCCAAAAUGCUGCAGUUCUUCAGAGAAUGCCACGAGUACACGGUAGAGGACGAGAAUAUAAUCAAGACCAGAAUAGCCAGACUGGAUAUGCCAACUGAGCACAUAAUUGCCAAUCUGAAAACAAUUAUCCAUGAUAUCUGCACCUUCAAGCCAUCCAAUUUUGAUCCCAUUGUGAGGAGGUUGGUUAUCAGAUCUUCCACCAGUGAAGGUUUGCUGCUGAACCUCGAUGGAAUCCUACCUCAGGUGGAGAAAGUGGAAGAAAAAGAAGAGGAAAAUGCAGCUGAUGAGGAUCAACCAAAGCCUGUCCAAGAAUCUGUUAGUACCUGAUGUCUUUUCCUGGGAAAUCUGGUGGUCGAGCUCGGCAAGCAAAUGGUGUAAUUUCAAAUCAUGCCCUGUGAGAACAGAAAAAUAAAUGUAAAUUGUGGAUUUCA